CAAACUGUCAUUGUCAAAACAAACCCGAAAUGUAACAAAAAGACCGGUGGUGAUCAUAAAAAUAGAAAAACGAAUAUGACUUCUAAGCGCUUCGGGGCAAUGAAGGAUUUCGCGAGGGCCAAGAAGCCGAGGCUCGACGUGAGCGUGACCCGGGCCUCGUCCCGGCCGAGUCCCCCCCGUAGCAUGGCCGACUUCUGGGACGACGACGACGAUGUCAUCCUGAUGGCCACCCAGAUAGCGGAGGCCGAGAUCGAGGCGGAAGCCAAGCGCAAGGCGGAGGCCACGAAUGUCACGGUCGGGGAUAUCACAUUUAGCGAGUUCGCGCCGGUGCGAGGCACGACCAGCACCCAGCAGAUGUUUCCACCCGCAGCACCGCCGAAGAAAAAGACUUCGACCAUCGACAUGGAUGCCAUUUUCGGGGACGACGAGGAUUUCGAUUUCCUGGCCAUGGCCCUCACGGAGGAUGUGCCUCGGCCCGAGCCUCUGCCACAGGCAAAGGCGCCCCUGGUAUUGAAAGCCGGCACGAGUAAAUCGACCACGACAAGCAUCACCGUCCAGCAGACGAUGACACAGACUAAUGCGACGCAAGCGCGUCAGCAGGAGCACCAGAUAAAGUUCCUAAUGGAUCGCAUCGAGGGCCUGAAGAAGGACAAUUCGAAACUGCAAAAGGAUCUGGGCGACAGCAACGAGCGCACGGAGGCCAAGUCGGGAGAGGUCAGUCUGUUGCGGGACGAGCUGAAGCAUCUGCGCCUGCAGCUGCAUGCCAGCAAAAUGGAGAAGCUGGCGCUCGCCGACGAAACCAACAGGGACUGCAACAAGAAGGUGGCCGAGGUGGUCAAGCAGAUCGCGGCCAAGGACAUCGAGCUGAAGAUGAAGAAUGCCGAGUAUACCAAGCUGAAGAUCCAGCAGCAGGCCCGCAAUGCCCACGAGAGGACCAUGAACAUGAGCAUAAGUAUGCUUCCGCCGGCCACCGACCCCUCGGAGCAGCGCACUCUGCUGCGCCUCCACAAGCUGAAUAUCCACCAGGCCGUGCCCAGGCUGAUCGCGAACAACGCCAGCGUCUACGAGUACACCGAGGAGCAGCAGAAGGGCAAGAAGCAGGGCACUCUGUUCGAAGUGGAGCUCAAGCAGCUGCUCCUCAACUACGCGCAGCUGCAGUCGCAGCCGGAAUCUGUGGACAGCCUGGUCCAGCGCAUCGUCUCCUCUGUGUGCAAGGUGUUUUCGGAGUUCGCCUCGUAUGCCCAAAGCCUGGAGUUCCCCCACAACUGCAUGUUGUAUCCCCACAAUCCCUAUAUCCUGGACGCACAGCAUCACAGCGCCCACUCGCUCUCCCAGCCUGGACCUCUGUACGCCAAUGAGCGCGCCUUGCUCCUGCGGCGCUACACGGCCACCUUGGGGCUCAUCUGCCGGCAGCAGGGCAAGAUCGGACGGGCCCUGCUCAGGCAGCGGCACAACGAUCUCUGGCUGCUGGAGCUGGCCGUCGAUGCGAUUGUCAAGCUGGGCUUCUCCUACGAGGUCAGCGAGCACUUUGGCCUGCUCGAGGCCACAGCCUCCCUGCUGCACAGCCUCCUGAGGGAGCAGCAUCACGAGGAGGAGCGCGUGGAAGAGCUUUUGGUUGAGCUACUCAAGCAGCUGGUCUUCACCCGGCCCAGUCCCUGGGUGUUUGGAGAACUGAGCGCCUGCCUGCUGGCCUGCCUCCAGAAGCCGCAGCUUCUGGCGCGGAUGUGCGUAAACAGUCCCAAGAGCUGCUUCAUUUCGGACCGUGUGCGCUCCCUCUAUCGCUUCGGACCCAGCUCCUGCCUGCUGCAGGUGUACGCCGGGCUUCUAGAGCUGUGCUUCUUCAGCGAAACCCCGCUGCAGGCGGCCCACUUCCAGCUGCUGCUUUCCAUUGGCGGCAACCACGUGCGCUUCGCCUUCGAGUGCUUUAAGAACCCACCGGACUUCAUCCUGGAAAUGCUGCCGUACUUUGCCGACGACGAGGAGACGGACUCCACCGAAGCAACACUGACCAACAGGCUGAGCAGCAGCUCCACAACAGCGGUGCAUGGCUCGGCCUCAAAUGGAUCCUGCACCAGCGUGCCGACUGCCGCAGACUCUAACUCCAACUCCAGCACGUCCACCAGCUGCGAGUGCUAUGUGAAACUCUGCCUCAGCGUGGUCACGAUUGUCUUCCAGGUGAUGCACCAGUGGAUGCUGCAUCAGAGGAAAGCAGGUACCGAGCAAGUGGGAGAGAUAUCUCGUAUAGCGGUGCACCUGCUGACACUCGUCUUCCAUGAGUACUAUCUGACCUGCCUGUUCCGCGACUCCGAGGAAACAACGAAGCACUAUCUCAGCCUCGUCUGCAGCUGGUGGAGCGAGCACGCGGCGCUGCUGGGAUUCCAGCCCAUACACUUGCGUUUGCUAAGCCAGCUGGAGAAAUCCCAUUUCAUGCUCAAGCCUCUGCACCAGGAGGCGAAUCGCAGCAAUCCGACCAACGACCUGGCCGAGUGGGCACGUAUUAUCAACCCUGCGGAUGCCAAAACCGAAAACGUGGCUCCGAAUGCUUCUGCUUCUGCUGCGUCUAAGCUCCUCGAAAUCGACUUCUUUGGUGGCCUUAAGCGAGUGGAUUACACAUUUGAUUAAUCUCUAUUUAUUUAGUUUGUAAGUUCUAGGAUCUGUUUAGUGUUACCUUUGAUUUAAAUUAGUUCAUUGGAUUUUGUUCUGCAUAUUUUGAAUAGCAGCUCCCAACUAUCGCUAAGCUUCUUUCGAUAUAUCGGCGAGAGCUGUGCUGGUUCAAGCAAUAACUCGCUGCAGAAUAUGUUGUUUUGAAUAUUUCAAAUCUCGGCGCUCAAAUAUCUUGAGCAGUGAUAGUUCCAGAAAUGGUUCGCUCAUUUGAACCAUUGUAAGGACCAGACACAUGAGCAGCAACAUGGGACCGGGAUGAGCAACACUCUGCAUACCCUUGGGAAAAGGAUAUUAUAGAGUAGAGAAAAUGUUUGUCAUGCCAGGCUCCAAUGAAUGCAGAAAGUGUUCAGUCUCUUUUUUGUUUAGAGCUAUCUCAAAUCUGCUUGGGACACAGAAUCUGAGUAUUAAUCAAAGAAAAUAGGGUAUAAAGAUGUCCAUACUCAUGGCGGAUACCUGUUGCUCAGCAACAUUCCAUACACUCUUACGUUUUAUGCUUCGCCCUUUUUUCUUUAACCUUACAUAUUUCAGACACAAAUCCAAUGAAAUUAGCAUAUCUUGUUGAAAGUUGGUUCAUUUAUCUGAUAAAAUGACGUGUUUAGUGCUAGUUUAUUAAGCCGAAUCAUGGACAGAGAACGAUUAGCUCAUUGUUGACCAAUGGGUAUUUUAGAACCUUCCACGAAAAUCAUGAAUCUUGAAGAAUUUGAGUGCAAUUCAGGUGGAAGAUCUAAUGGUCUUUGUUUCUAAGUAAGGAUGAAGGAUUACAGGGUUCCGUAAGAGGUAUUAAUAUUAUUAAUAUAAGUAUUAUUUUCCGCGGUUUAACUCGAGUUGUUGUCCUGUUUAAAUAUAGGGAGGAUCAGUGGGUUAAGCUCGUUUGUUUCGUCAGCCGGUCAUUGAAAAGCCGGUCAAUUUCGCAAUCUUUUGUUUAUAAUUUUCGAAUUACGCCGAUAAGCGUUGAAUGGAAUGUUUACAGAGUGUUUGUUAUCUUUUUUUUUUGUUGUGACGUGCAGUGCUGUGUGUGAAAAGUGAUAAACCUGAUGAAAUACAUAUCCCAUAUGUAUCCCAUAUCCCAUAUCUGAGGAGUGAGCUCUCCUGUUGCGGCGCCCACAAAGCCAUGGAAGCACCGAAGAAUCUCCAGGACUUGCCCUUCGAUAUCCUAGAUCGUAUAUUCAAAAUUCUUGAACUUGAAGAUCAAAUGGAGUUGAUCGAAGUUCAUCCCAAGCUCUGGGAUGCUGUACUAGAUCAUUUGUUGUCCUCAAAAUGGGUUCGAACGUGUCGAAUCUUGUACGACUGUGCGGCUCCACAAUGAUCCAUCUGAAGUUUAUGAACCCCUCCGAUGUCCAUCCCUUGUUGCCGGAUGUCGAGCGGUAUUGUGUCAAUUUGGAAACCAUUAGCUUUGGGGCCGACAAUUCCAAUUGCGACGCCAUCAAAUCCUUUGUGGAAAGCAGCCCCAAACUGAGAUCCGUUGAAUUGGUGCUGGAAGGUGGCAGCAUGGCCGACAUCUGUCUGGUCUUCCCUAUGUUCGAGGGCGUUCCAAAAGUAAAGCACUUGCGGCUGUACAACUUUGCUGGUCAUUCGGUAAUCAAGAACUGAAUUCGGGGCUUUGUUGACUUGGAAGAACUGACUGUCGGCGAUAGAUCUCAAUACAAAUCAGGGCCGAUAUGGCACCUCUUUAUCUUUGAUCUGUUGUGCAAGCUAAGAAGGCUGCGAUGUCUGACAGUUGAAAAUUGGGUUGUCGCCCUGAAGGGGGAACUCCCAAUCCAAUGCCUAAUGCCGGAAGAGCUCACCCUCGUGAAUUGCCAGCUUAAGUACUUUAAGUAGCACUUUCCCAAGCUGUCAUCGUUCCAUCUUGAAGAACCCAUGAAUAGUUCUGAUAAGCUAUCACUGAAGUUCAUAUUGGAACAUGCCAGGACAUGGAGAAACUCCGCCUAGUGACGGACCAUAUUUUCUAUAAAGAUGAUGGAUGUAUGUGGGAUUUGGUAGGAAGCCACAGAGUCUGUAGGGAUAAUAGAGAGAGAGAGACUAGAAGCGGCCGUCGAACAAAAAGAGGACAGAACACAGCCUCAACGAUCGACGCCAUUUAAUUCGGUGCCAAAGUCUCACUCAGCCACACGCAAAUUACUAGCGCAAUUAUUUGUAUAAAUCUAAAUAAACUUAACGCAUUUUGUGUUUUGUUUUCGCA